GUUCGUUCACCCAACAGAAAUAGUGAAGCCCCUCCUCAACAAUUACCGCCACAUUUGAAUACGACAUUGUUAUUGGUGUAAUUUUUGAAGCCACAAUCACACUUGUAAAGCGAAUUGGCCGAAUUGAGUAAUCUGUCAUCUGUCAUCUUGCCUAUUGCGUUUCUGCCGGUUUUUACGUUUUUACAUCUUUACUUGCGUCAAUUUGCCAUUAAUCUCCUUUAUUCACACAAAAUAGUCUUUAUAAAAACUCGUCGGUGUAUUCUAAAGAUAGUCAGGUGAGUAAUUAUAAAAUUUUAUACACGAUUUUUACAUGCCUGUUUUUAGGGUUAUAUUAUUCGCGUUCAAGAAAAGUUGUACGCAAACAUGAAUGUCGCCGGUGCUGCUUUCUCUCCACCGAAAAAACAUUCUGCCAAGCACUUUUCAGUUGAAGACAAAACUGGCAUUUUAAAUAUCUUCAAGGCAUAUUCGGAAGACAACCCGGAGGUAUCUAAAACGGAUAAAGUUGAGUUUACGGCUAAAGCAGCAGGUGUAAGCAUUCCGAGUGUCUACAAGAUUCUUCGGGAGUAUACAGAGGUACACGAACUUCAUUCACCUAACAAAUAUUAUCGACCACGAGCAAUUUUGGACAAUAUUGAUUCCGGAACUAAAAGUAUUCUUCGGCGUUUGCUUCAUUCUUUCUUUGAAAGAAAUGAACCACCUACCCUGAGUAAAGUUUUGGCAGUGUUACACGAAGACGAAGACUUACCCCAUUUGAAACGAACUACUUUAUGGAAAUUAAUAUUAUAGGAUUUAAAUUGUUAUGUACCUUUGUUUAUAUUCAAGUGCACUUGUAAUUUCAAAACUUUGUGCUGCUGUAAUAAUACUUUUUUGUACUUUUCUCAAUAUAAACAGUGUUUUUAUGUUGCAUAUUUACAUGUAUUUAACAGUUUGCAGGUUUUACUAUUUUUGCCACGAGUUAUGUUCAGAGAGAUAGCGCCAUAAUUAGUCUUGAGUAAGUGACAUUUCAAUUUGAUUUUUCAAAUUUUCCGCUUUUUAUAAUUUUGUGGUUGUAAAACUGGUUGCUGCUUACAUUGGCCCAAAUUUUGUAGGAGUGGCUUAACUAUUUCUGUUGAGUGAACGAACU